AUCCGCUCCCAACCGCCGCCGCUGCUCUCAUCUCUCCAGCGGAUUUCAACUUGGUUUAUCUCAGGAUUUUUUCUGUGGGGACUUUUGAAUAUCGCAAGCUGACAGCCGCGUUGUGUUCCGCGCCUGUUUUCCCUCCACGAGUGGAACGUAAUUUGCCUGCAUUUGUGGGAUAUUUCCGACAAGAAGAUGCCUGCCGAUAUGAUGGAAAAAACCUCCUCCUCACCGGUCGCUGCAACCCCGGCUAGCAUGAAUUCAACACCAGAUAAACCCAAGACAGCCUCUGAGCACAGAAAGUCGUCCAAGCCCAUUAUGGAAAAGAGGAGAAGAGCCAGGAUCAACGAGAGCUUGGGGCAGCUGAAAACACUCAUCUUGGACGCGCUCAAAAAAGAUAGCUCCAGACACUCUAAACUGGAGAAGGCGGACAUCCUAGAGAUGACGGUGAAGCAUCUCCGGAACCUCCAGAGGGCUCAGAUGACUGCUGCUCUGAACACCGACCCGACCGUCCUGGGGAAAUACCGUGCUGGUUUCAGCGAGUGCAUGAACGAAGUCACCCGGUUCCUCUCCACCUGUGAAGGGGUUAACACCGAGGUCAGGACGCGGCUCCUCGGCCACUUGGCCAACUGCAUGACCCAGAUCAACGCUAUGAACUACCCCAGCCAGCACCAGCACCAGCUCCCCUCCGCCGGGGCCCCUCACCCUUCCUUCGGCCAGUCCAUGGUGCAGGUCCCCAGCUCCUCCCCGCAGGUCCUGCCUAUGAAUGGGGUGUCCUGCAAAGGGGGGUCCUCCCCGGCCAGCUUACCGUCAGACGCCACCAAAGUGUACGGUGGUUUCCAGAUCGUACCUGCAACAGACGGACAGUUUGCAUUCCUCAUACCCAACGCAGCGUUUGCGCCCAACGGCCCCGUUAUCCCGGUGUACGCCAACAGUGUCAGCACGCCGGUCCCGGUGCCGGCUGCGGUUUCUCCCGGAGCCCCGUCAGGCAACACGGACUCAGUGUGGCGGCCCUGGUGAAAGACGGAGGCGGGAGAAUUACUUAUGAAAAGACGUUAUAAUGACACUUAUAGUUCUCUCUUUGUUCAAUGUUACAGAAAACUUGGUUUGGAUCUGUUUUGUUUGUAUUUUUUUGCGUUCAAUGGAAAGAUUAUGCACUAUAUUUGUACAGCUAAUAAGGGAGUAAAGUUCAUAUUGAAAUGAGAUUUGUAUUGUGGAAGUCUGUUCACUGCAUUUUUUUUAUAUAUUGGAGGUGUCUUUUUUUACUGUGUGAUGCCAAAGAUUUGUUCAAAAUGCUCUUAUGCUGUUCUUCGUUUUGGAAGACAAAUAAAUUUGUAAAGAUAUGAAAACA